AUGCUGACAGAGCUGCUGAGGAGAAUCCUGCUGUUGUUCCGUGCUGAUCACAGCUUAAGGGAUCCCCCACAAGAGCAGCUGGUUGAAGGAUACCUAGCAGUGUAUCCUGAUCACGAUCAGCACGAUCUUCCCGAAGAUCAGCUGGUCGAGGGUUAUGUAGUCCUGCCUGACUACCAGGAGGAUGGUCAACUGGCCACCUCCUCUGACCCAGAGCCUCAGGAAGAGAAUCAAGAAGAUGAUGAUUCUCCUUCAACAGACGAUGAGGACGAGGCAGGCAGUAAUGCAGAGUCUGACGACGUUGCCCAAGGGCAACCCGUCCCCAUGGUGGUGCAGGCUCCCCAGCCGCCCAUGGCGGUGCCACCGCAGGCUCCCCAGCCGCCCAUGGCGGUGCCACCGCAGGCUCCCCAGCCGCCCAUGGCGGUGCCACCGCAGGCUCCCCAGCCGCCCAUGGCGGAAACCCUUGCAGUAGAUGCGUGCAUCAUCACGGAUGUCGAUGGGCAAGGCAAGGGAGGCCUGGGCAUAUUUGAGCAUGUGCCAAUGAGCUCCUUGUCUUGUUUUCGUGUGGUUGAGCUGCAUGAAAAAGUAUCAUUAAUAAACCUAACUAACAUAAAAGACUCUCUGUCUGCAUCAGUGAGGUCCGCGACUCGCGAGCAGCAGAGAACUCGAGUGCUUGUUUCCCAUGUUCAAGAUCUUGCCCAGUUGUCCCGUGCCAUCCCGCCACGUCAACAGAGCCGAAGUCUUGAUGCCAACGCAUGUGAGGACUUGGGCUUGGCUGAGGCUGAGAAAGGACGCUUGGUCCUUACGGGGAUCUGGCUGGUGGAGGACUCUGCCUGA